AUGUCGAACCUUCCCAACACUCCUCGACCAUUCGGUCUACCCACAAACACGACACUCGGAAGUAUGAACUCCAAUGGCUUGACGCCUGGUAACUUUUCUGAUGCCAGUGGUGCCGGCAGUUCUGCUCAACGCCAAUCCAAAAAUCCAAUAUCUCCCCAAAGGGAAAUAUCUCGCCCUAGCUCAGUAUUGCCUGCCAGCCAUGCGAACCCGCAUCCCCGGAUCAAGUCCGCAUUCGCCAACGAUGUUCAAGGUCAGCCAGUGAAGAGAGCACACAGCGUCCUCUCGCGACAGAGCAUCCAGAGAGCCCAUGAUUCAAUUGACUCGCCAACCGAUAGCGAGACGGAGCAAGGCCCAAGAAAGCGAGCUCGAAAAAGAGUCCAACUCGAUAUGCAGGAACGGUUCCUUAUUGGCUGUCAUAUCGAUGAGCCAAGACUCCCAAUUUCUACAUCAUUGAACAAUUCAAACCAAUUAGUAUUCCACACGCUCAAGGAGCACGCUCCUCCAGAUGUUCUUCAGCGUUGGGCCAUACUAGUUCCAAGUGGUUCUCAAGUAUCCUCAGAUAAGAUAGCCAUUGACAAGGAUCUUCUUCCAUUAUCACUUGGGAAUCUCGAUGGAGCUGACAAAAGAACGGUGCUUGCUCGGCUCAAGGAAUACCUAGAGGCAAAGAGGGACAGGCGUGAGAUGAAACUAGAAGAAUUGCCUAACAGAUCCCUGGAAAUACACGUCGGAUUUCACAAAGAAGACCCCAAGGUCCCCGUUUAUGCCUACCAACUACUGAAGCCCAACGGCAUAACAUACCCCACAUUCAACGUUCGCAAGUCCGACGCAGAAAAGAGCACUGUCAGUUUUAAGAAUCGGCUGGUUAGUUAUAAGGACGUCAAGUACAUAGAGAAAUACGUCAGAGGAAACCUCGAGGAAUCCAGAAAAGAAGUCGAAUACGAUCUAGCGAAGAUCUCCGAGUCGGAAGACGCUAACUUGAAGAAAGUACCAACUGUAGCUGGACGUCCUCAGCCCACUCGACAGACUCCAAAGAUUGUCCAGGAGCAGCAAGAUCAUGAUGAGGGAGCGACUGAAUUGGACGAUGGACUUGAGGAACAACCAUUGAGAGUUGGAUCCCAAAACGUCAGCUCUGUACAACGCUGCAAGAGUACAAUAGUGCAACAUGCGGAAAAGGUCGCCAAUAGUUUCGACGAUUUCGUUAAUGAGGUUUCGUCCCUGGAGAAACUUGCUUCCGACAGCCACGCCAAGAUUGAGAAGCUUCAAAAGGCCAACAGAGACCAAGCCCAAGAGAUCACUGGCUUGAGAGCUACUAUAUCUCAGCUGCAAGCACAAAUAGCCACUCGCCUGAUGGCUCCGCCAGCUCUUGCUGUCCAGAACUUUGAGAUUGAACCUCGCCAUUUCGGAACUAUCCCUCGGGAGAUGGAGAAUGGCGGAAUGUUACGUGAGAAGCAAGCACGGGUCACAAUGAUAGAUGGAAAUGAGUACGAAGAGAGGGUCUUCCUACUCCCGUGCAAGAUUCAAGUUCCUGGCCAACAGAGCGGGCGCACUUUUGAACACGAUGGGAUGUCCUUCACGCAAAUAAUGGACGGAGAUGUGGAGCAAUUUGUUCAGAUCACUGAGCCGGAUUUGCUGGUUCAAUCUGAAGGCAGACUGUUCUUCAAAUGGACCGCUCUUAAGAAGCUUAAGGAGAAAGGCUAUUACGGCAUCUAAGUCUGGGACCCAACACUGACGUUUCCCUCACAAAGAUAUUCGAGAUGCCAUUGACGACGGAAGCAUGGACGAAACUUUUAUGUCUGGACAAGCGCUCGUAAGCAAAACUUGCUCGAUGAGAGACUUAUGUCGUUAUUUCUCGUGGACUGACAGCGGAUCUGAUUCUUACCCAAAAUGCUGCGGUGGCAAUAAUCUGCCUCUCUGCUGCUUUUCAUGUUCCAUAUCUUCGCUCUUUCGCGGAAUCAUGGGAGGCUCGGCUGCUUUGCAUGCUUUAGCGCUGUUGCUCCCAUCUUAGGAUACUCAUUAUGUGCAAAAGUUUGACUUUUGGACACAUCGAUUGGCUUGUAC